AUGGAUCAAUAUGAUGUCGCGGUAGUAGGACUCGGUGUUCUGGGAAGUGCAGCAAGCUACCAAGCGGCCCUCAAAGGCGCCAAAGUCCUCGGCCUGGAGCAAUUUGAAUUCGGACACGUCCAGGGCGCAUCGCACGACACAUCGCGCAUCGUCAGAAAAUCGAAUUCCGAGCCGGAGAAUGUGAAGCUCGUCAAAUCUGCCUAUAAGGACUGGGCUGAGCUGGAGAAGCUCACUGGUCAAAAGCUGUUGACCACGACCGGGGGCCUUUUCUUCCUUCCCAAAGAUGCUCCAUAUCCUCUUGAGAGCUAUGUGAAAGCUCUCGGGCAGAAUGAUGUUUCACACGAGGUUCUGGACCACAAGGAGGUGAAAAGGCGAUGGCCUCAAUUCAACGUCCCAGAGUCUGUCGACACGGUGUAUGACCCGGACAGCGGCAUUGUCCACGCCGCGAAAACAGUAAUGGCAAUGCAGUACCUCGCACGCUCAAAGGGUGCCACUCUGAAGGAUAAUACUCCUGUGGAUCGGAUCACUCCCCAAGUCUCAGGGGGUGUCGUGAUCGAGACAUCAAAAGGAACCUUCCAUGCAAAGAAGGUGAUUCUUACAACCGACGCUUGGACAAAUAAGCUCCUCGCACCGCUCGGCGUGCACAUUCCACUCAAGGUAAUGCAAGAGCAAAUCACCUACUUCAAGCCAACAGACCCCUCUGCCUUUGGACAAGAGAAGUUCCCGGUAUGGAUCUGGGGCGGACCGCAGACUUACUAUGGAUUCCCGACUUAUGGCGAGCCAACUAUCAAAGCGGCGCACGACCAGGCGAUGAAUCUCAUGACUCCUGAGAACAGGACCUUUGUGCAUUCCACAGAGUUAUUGCAGGAGUUAUGUAGCUUCCUUCAGGAGUUAAUGCCUGACCGGGGUCGCCAGCCUCUUCGUACUAUCACCUGCCAGUAUACCAUUACACCGGAGCGCCGAUUCAUAAUUAGUCCGUUGGAAAAGAACCGGGAUGUUAUUGUGGGACUUGGUGCCGCACAUGCGUUCAAAUUUGCACCUGCUUUUGGACGCGCUCUUGCGGAACUGGCGGUUGAUGGGGAGACCAAGGAGGAUAUCUCCAAGUUCGGAAUCCCCAAGGACUCGAGUGGAACCAGUAAGCUUUGA